UUUGGGGCUGUGCGGCGGGGAGAUGUGGUAAGCCUUAUAGUUCCUAAACCAUCUCUUGGAUGUUUGAAUUCUCGAAAUUAUCACGGUGAUCUGGUUAGGUUAGGUUAUGUGUUUUGCCACAUUUCCUUACCCUAACUUCACCAAAUUUGACCUCGAGACAACUGCCCAUUUUUUCGUUAACAACUGCCAAAGUGAGAUUAAGAACUGCCCAAACAAGCCACAACUGCCCGUUACAUUAUGCCCUGCCAUACUCCCUUACUGUAUAACUAAGCUACAACCUUCCAACUAAAAACAUUUAUUUCAUUUCAGGAUGAUGAACAACCAAACGACCAAAACAAAAAGAGAAAGAAAAAGACAGAAAACACAAAGAAACAGGAUAAAAAAAGAAGCCACAAGAAAAAGAAACCAGAUGAGACUAAAGAGAAACCCAAGCGAGAAGGAGGAGACGAUGAUGAUGAGAAAGCAGAAGUGUUUUAAGAAAACUUCUAGGGUUGCAACGCACCACCAUUCCUACUGCUCAUUUCCGUCACAGGAAAACUCAAGUGACGAAGACGUUAAUCAGCUAAACCAGGUGGCAAAUCAAACUUCUGAGUUCAAAAGCAUAAAAGAUUUGCCCAUCAAGAAGAUGCAUAGAGUACUAAAGAUUGAAAUACUGGAGACGGUUAAUGGGCGGACAGUACGUCUCCAAUUAGAAGACAAAUCAAUUGAAGAGGGAUAUUGUUUUGUGCACCUACCACGGCGUUUUUUGCCUUCUGUAGAAUCAAACUACUCGAAAUACGCACAGAUCACAAAAUCAAAGAAGCCUUUCUUCUUUGCAUGUUCAAACUAAACAGUUCAAUAACACAAAGGGAAAAAGGGCAGACACACAAACUAGUACAAUUUAACAAAAUUUUAAAAUAUUUUACAAAUUUCGGCAAAAAACAAAUACCGCGAGCAAACGAGCGACGCGAACAUAAAAAA